AUGGUUGCUGAGACCAAACUAUACGAUGCCUUGGAAGUCAAACCUGGUGCGACCCAGGAUGAAAUCAAGAAGGCCUACCGCAAGGCAGCUUUGAAGCACCACCCCGACAAGAACAAAGACAAUCCUCAAGCCGCUGAGAAGUUCAAAGAUGUCUCUCAAGCCUACGAAGUCCUUUCCGACCCCGAGAAACGCAAGGUCUACGAUCAGUUCGGUUUAGACUACCUCAUGCGCGGUGGCCCCGCACCCUCGCCUGGCGGCGGAGCUGGUGGUGGUGCUGGCGCCGGUGGGAUGCCCGGAGGGUUCAACUUCGGCGGCAUGCCAGGCGGCGGCGGUUCGCGCACAUUCCACUUCUCCACUGGCCCUGGUGGUGGCGGUGGCUUCCGAUUCAGUAACGCAGACGAUAUCUUCCGCGAGUUCGCCAAGGCCGGCGGCGGCGGUGGAGGCGGUGGCGGCGGCGGCAUGGGUGGACUUGAUGAGGAUGACAUUUUCUCCAUGCUUGGAGGUAUGGGCGGCGGUGGUGGUUUCCGUAGCCGUCCCUCCGCUGGAGGAGGAUUCUCAUCGAAAGCCAACCGCGCCCCAACCCCCGAACCGACCGUUGUUGAAAAGGACCUGCCGAUCACACUGGAAGAAACCUUCAAUGGUGUGACCAAGAAGGUGAAGACGAAGAGCAAGGCGUUUGACCCCAGCGGCAAGCGUAGCGUCCAGGAAGUUACACUGGAGGCAGCCAUCAAGCCCGGUCUAAAACCCGGUUCGAAGAUCAAGUACAAGAACGUGGGCGACCAGGAAGAAGGCGGCCGCCAGGAUGUGCACCUGAUCGUGAAAGAGGUACCACAUCCGGAUUUCACUCGCAAGGGCGACGAUCUCAUAACUACCGUCGAACUCAGCCUCAAGGAAGCUCUGACGGGCUGGGAACGGAUUGUCCGCACGAUCGACGGCAAGUCCAUCCGCGUGUCCAAGCCAGGACCGACACAACCUGGACAUGAGGAGCGGUAUCCCGGCUGGGGCAUGGUAAAGUCCAAGAAGCCCAGCGAGCGCGGCGACCUCGUCGUGCAGGUCAAGGUCAAGUUCCCGACCAGCUUGGACUCGAACACCAAAGACAUCCUCAAAGAUCUGCUUCCUUAA